UAAAUCACUUGAUAAGAAUUUCUUACCAAGAAAUCACUCAAUUACUAUACAAAAUGUUGUACUAUUUGAUCGCUUUCUGUGCCAUUGCUGGAGCUUAUGCUCAAACUAUGGAAAAUGGUUCUUGUCCGUCGUUCAGAGCCAGCCGUAUCAACGCUAACCAAAUGGUAGGAAAAUGGUACGAUUGGGGACGUAGCAGCAAUAAUCCCUUGAACGGACAAAGAUGUGGAUACGACAACUGGAACCAACCCUCAAAUGGUCAAUCAAAAUUAGUCCAAUCUGCCUACUCUCCAUUCAUCGGUGGUUGGUCACAAAUUGUGUCUGACAUCAAAUUCUACAAUGACAACCAAUACACCAUUUCAUUUGAAGUACCAAAUGUUGGAUCCGUCUCAUUAAACCACGCCGUCCUCGACACCGACUACGAUAGCUACGUCAUCUACUACCAAUGUCUCAACCAAGGAUCCACCUACACCACCUCCCUUUGGAUCAAGACCAGAGACCAAUACCCAGGAUCCCAAGUAGAAAACCAAAUCCGUAAUACAUUGGCUAGACACGGUCUCUCAUACGUACCAGUGACUCGUACCAGUCAACAAAACUGCUAAUCGAAUAAUUAAUUAUAUCUAAUAAUUAUAUCUUUGAAAUUUCGCCCAGUGCCAAAUAAAUAAUAAAAUUAACAAAAAAUAA